AUGGCCACCAACGGGACCACCUCUGCCACCAAUGGCACCGCUGCUGUUCCGGACAUCAUUCUAUAUACCAAUCAUGGUUGUCCGUGGGCGCAUCGAGCGCAUAUCGCUCUCAAAGAGCUCGGCCUCCCCUACAAAGAGGAGAUCAUCGACCUGGACAGGCCGCGUGAUCCGUGGUAUCUGAAGGUGAAUCCGCGCGGUCUCGUCCCCAGUAUCAACUACAAUGGCAAUAUCAUCACAGAAUCAGCUGUGGUUACGCAAUUCCUCGCCGACGCACAUCCAUCACACUUACUGCCUCCCACUUCCUCCGCCUCCGACGCCCUGUAUCGGGCCCGUGUCGCUUUCUUUGUCGACGCGUUCAUCACCAAGGCCUUGCCUCAGAUCUUUGCCGGCAUGCGAGCGCAAUCUGAGGCCGACAAGGACGCCGCUGCGCAAGAAUUGAUUGCUGCUGUCGUCAAGGAGCUGGAACCUCUCUUCAACUGGGGGGGAGGGAAGGGCCCCUUCUUCGGAGGCAGUGACCAGCUCACACUCGCCGAGGUCCAAACCGGCCCUUUCCUUCUUCGACUUCUCGCCUUCACCAAGCCCGAGUACGGGAUCCUGAGCCCGAAACUGGGCGCCUUGCUUGACGAGAAGGCGCCGAAAUUCAAAGCAUGGGCUUCCAAGGUGGUGCAGGAACCGAGUGUGACUUUCAUUUGGAAUGAGAAGGCUGUGGCCGAUAGGACCAAGGCUAGGUUCGCAAGAUUGGCGGCCGAGAAGAAGCUCUAG